ACGCACAGCUACGUAGUUGUCUUUAUCCUUUGGUUUCUUUUUUCGGAAGGAAAACAAAGCCAGAUGUAAUCAGCAGGAAGGAUCUCAUUACAACUUAAUACCGAUAUUCAUAGUACAAAUACAACCCAUCAGCGUGCUGAAACCUCAAGUGGAAUGUCCUAACUUCCAUUAGAACCACUAAUGCUACAACACCAUUAAGGCAUCUCCAUACUUCUUCAGGAUGGCUAGUUGCGGUGAAGUUGACCACUCAGUGAGUUCACUGCCAUCCAGUAAGAAAGGUAGUGGCAGUGGUGGAAGUGGAAGCAAUGCAGAGUCUCCAUGCUCUGGCUCCAGUAAUCCAACUGCCUCUCUUCCUGUGCCAGAAUGUGCCAUCUGUCUGCAGACCUGCAUACACCCGGUCCAGCUGCCGUGCCACCAUGUCUUCUGCUUCUUGUGUGUGAAGGGAGCGUCAUGGCAGAGCAAACGCUGUGCUCUCUGCCGACAGGAAGUACCGGAUGACUUCCUCGAAAGGCCAACACUGCUCUCUCCAGAGGAGCUAAAGGCAUCAGCAGGAGGCAGGGGCGGAGCAGCAAACGACCAUGCCUGGUACUAUGAGGGACGAAAUGGAUGGUGGCAGUAUGAUGAGCGAACCAGCCGUGAGUUGGAGGACGCUUUUUCUAAGGGCAAAAAAACUGCUGAGAUGCUCAUAGCUGGCUUCUUGUACGUAGCCGACUUGGAGAAUAUGGUGCAGUAUCGACGCAAUGAGCAUGGUCGUAGACGAAAGAUGAAAAGGGACGUUUUAGACAUCCCAAAAAAGGGUGUUGCUGGACUGCGCUUGGAUACUGACAGUGUUUCUGGGGGAGCUGGAGCAGUAGGAAGAGAGAGUUCAGCUGAUGGAGCAGAUACAGCGUCAGGUGUACAGCCGCAGCUCAUUGCUCCACCCCUCCCCCUUACUGUGAGACCCCCCACUUCACUCGGGGCUCAACCUGGAAGCAGUAGCCCCUCUCUGGAGGACGCUCUGUCUCAGCUGCAGAUCAGCCCUAGACCCACACCUUCACAGGAGCGCUCAGAGCCAGGAGAAGGAGAGGAAGAGGAGGAGGAGGAGACUUCACCCUCCAGAUCAUCAGAGCCACACACAUCUGUGGACGAGUCUGGCUCCGGAGACUGGAGUGACGACGAAGAGGAAGAUGAGGAGGGUGGGGAGGGAGAGCAUGUGGAACCCUGGGAAGGGAGGCCGAGAAGGCAAAGACUGAGCCCAGAGGACAGAGUCCCUCCUGGGGCUGACUCCACAUCUCCUCCUCCUUCAAAUCGGAGGUCUAGGAUGCCUGAUGGCCAGUGUACAGUGACUGAAGUAUAACCACUGAUUGACAAAUGUUCCCACUCAUUAAUUUAUUCUUUAUUUUGCUGAAUCUGUCACAGAGCUGAUGUGGGUGGAUUGCUUAAGUUGAAAAAUUACAUCUGACAAGUUUUCUCUACUAGUAAUGUGAGUGUACUCCAAAUACCAGGGCAGGUUGAUGCAUUAUGAAAACAGGUGUAAUGAGAUGUAACUACUUGUAUACUGUUCUAUCUAUCUCACUAGGUGGGAUUAACAGAAUUAUCAUGGCAAUUGCACAAUCAUUCUGCUAACUUUAAGCCAUUUCAUCAUACUCAUAUCUGACCUGUUUUGGUGUUACAGCUAUGCCGCCUCUUCACGGUUAUGAAUUGAAAUGUGUUUUAUGAUUAGUGCUAGUUACACUCAGUAACUUAGAAACAGCAUAAAUGAUGUUCUUCACAGAAAUGGAACGGUGAAUAAUAGAGUUGUAGUUGUACACUCUUUCAGCGAACAUGAAUAUGUGUGACAACUGCAAAGAUUAAUUUGUUUCUUAUCUACUGUCACUUGAUUCAAAUGGAAAUGGUUGUGUAACAUUUCAUUCUAAUAAUUUUUUUGGUUUGACAUAAUAAGGUAGUUUUGUUGUUAUCCCAUACAUUUUUUCUACUUUAUCUUAAAUGCUGCCUCGAUGUUUUAAAAAUAUUUGACCUAAUUGAUUUCAACUUCAGAAAUAUUUAGUGUUUAAUUACUAACAGAAUGUGAACAUUUUUACACUUGCCUUUUAACAUGACUUUGUCAUUAUUCUUUACUCUGAGGCACAGCCUCUUGAAGUUUGCCCGAUGUGAAAUUGCAUUAAAUUGAAGUGGUUUUAUCAAUUUGAAUGUGCCUGUUUGAAGAGAGUUGAACAACACCUUGUUGACAAUUGCAUUGUCUUUAUUUUAUUUUGAGUAAACCAUAUUUUUGUGUUGUUAAUGUAGCUCAUUUUAGAACAGUGCAAACAUUUUUGCCAUUACUUAGACUUAAAUGUUCUUUUUAUUUUUGUUCUACAUGCUUUGAAUGCAAAUUAAUAAAAUGGUGUAACAGUU